AUGAAGUCUUCUGCUAUAUUCAUGCUGGCUUCGGCUGCUGUUGGUCAGGCCAUUCAGCAGUGCUCUGGCACGCCCAAGGAAGAGGGCGGCAACUGGUUCUGCGGUGCUGUCGAACAGAUCUCGUACCUCAAUGUCGGUGGACCUGGCACUUACAAGGCCGUCAGCCAAAUGAACGAGGAUGGUUUUUGCAACUUUGAGGACGUCGCCUUCUCUGGCGCCCUGGCCCCUUUCAAUGAGGAGCUUGUUCCUGUUUUCCGCGGUCCCAUGAACCUCAAGCAGGUUGCUGUUUACAAUCUCUCUCCCAAGGCCAAGCGCUCUCCUGCCGUUUCUCACACUCACGCUCACGCUCGCCGCCAUGGCCAGCACGGCCACCAGCACCUCCACAAGAAGCAGGUUGAGGAGGAGCCCAAGGAAAAGCGUGGUGAAGAUUGGGUCGUUGCAAAUAUCGACAACCAGGUGGUGUCCUGGAUCAACAACUACCAUGGCCCAACUCCCGUGGGCCCUGCUCCUGUUGUUCCGACCCCCACCCCGACUCCCACUCCUUCUCAGCCGCCUGUGGCUGCUGCUGCUGUUCCUCAGCCUGGCGGCUCCAAGGAUUCAAGCCCCAAGGCUGCUGAUAGCCAUUCUGGCUCCGUCAAUGGUGGCUACACUCGUGUCGGUUACUAUAACGCUGACAACGCUACCGCUGACGGUAUCGUCUUCCUUGGCAACUACGGUGGCCAGGGCUCUGGCAAGUUUGACAACGUCUUCGGUAACUCUUUGUCCUACCUGAACGCCGAGGGCACUGGUGGUGCCGCUUCACCACAGGUUUUGAAGCCCGUCACCCUCAAGUCCAACCAGGAGUUCCUCAUCGCCAGCGACAAGCCAUGCGAUGAUGAUGAUGAUUUAGACAACAGCUGCGGAUACUAUCGCAAUGGCUCCGUUGCGUACCACGGCUUCAAGGGUUUCGAUUCGGUCUGGCUCUUCGAGCUGAACAUGCCUCUCGACGGAACCACUGGUUUCAACGCCGACAUGUCGGCUCUUUGGAUCCUCAAUGCCCGCAUCCCCCGCACCGCUCAGUACAGCGUAUGCUCCUGCUGGCCUGGCUGCGGUGAGCUCGAUAUCCUCGAGGUUCUCAGCCCCGGCGAUAGUAAGUGCAAGUCGACCGUGCACUCGAUAAAUUCCGGCGGCUCGUCCGACUACUUUCAUCGUCCUACUGGCCCCCCCGUCAAGAUUGCCGUCGUUCUUGACGCUGAGUCCAGCCAGGUCUCACUUAAGAUGUUGGACUCCAACGUCGAAUUUGGCACUGGCAUCUCCCGCUCCCAGGUGGAGAGCUGGCUCUCUGCCGACUCCGUGUCGACCGCAAGCACCGACGGCCAGAGCAACAAGGUCUCCUUGUUCUCUCUGUCCUCUUGA